AUGAUGAUUCUUAAUGUUUUCAUGCGAACUCUUCGUUUUGUAGGCAUCAUUCGUAUCAUCAUUGUUCGCAAAACUGGUGAUCCACUCGCUUCCAUACCGAAGCAUCAUUGCGAAAAACCACUCAGAUACACAUUUAAGUUCACAACUUGGCUAAUAUCCGAGUUGACACCUAUUUGUGAUGCAGAACCAGGCGCAUUGGCAAAAUAUGUGCUAGCUCUUUUGCGGAAACCAAAUAAGUCCGAUGAGGAGAUGCGAGCGUUCAGCACCGACCAACUAGAGGUGUUCUUGCAAGGAAAUACGAAGAAAUUCGUGGACAAAAUGUUUGCUGUGCUUCAAGACGGUUCAUACGUACCGAAAAGAGAGCCGUCGCCUAUCCCCGAAGAAGCUGUAAAGGAAAGGGUUGCAAAACGUGAAGAAACGAAAAAGAAAGAAAGAGAAGCUACUGAAACCAAGCCAACGCGUGAGUCUGCAAGGAAUGGCGAUCACACAGAAGACCGUCGGAAACCUUCUGCUGAAAAAGUGCCGAAAAAGGAAGAAAUUCCACCUCCUAAUCGCAAUGAGCGGCCUCCACGGAAGAGAAUCAGUCCUCCGCCAGCAGACACCGUUAGGAGAGAUGUCCGAGAGAACGUUCGAGAUGGAAGGGAACCGCUGCGAGAUCCGCGACGCCGCUCUCGUUCGCGUUCACCGCGCGAUCGACGUGGGAGACUUGGGGCUCGACGCUCUCCGAACGAACGGUUUCGAGCGGAGAGACGAAGAAGCAGAUCUAGAAGUGAGGGCCGCAGCAGAUCCCCUGAACGUCGUGAUCGAAGAUCUCCACGAAGUGAUGAAAGAAGGAAAAGGAGAUGCCGCGAUUAUGAAGAGAAAGGAUAUUGCAUGCGAGGAGAUAUGUGCCUCUUCGAUCAUGGUCCUGAUCCAGUAGUUGUUGACGAUUCAGCGCUUGAAAAAAUGGUGAAAAUUCCUGAUAAAACAUCACCUCACAACUUUAGCAUUCCACCACCUGGUUAUCAUGCUCCUAAUCCACCACCGCCUGGAGUGGACCCAAUUUUUGCAGCUCCACCACCUGGUCCAAGACCUGUCGAAGGUUACAAUCCAGAAGCACCAUCUCUGAGUGGUCCAGAUUUCUCAAUGCCACCUCCUCCUAUUCCAGUCACAAUCAACACUGGGCCGUGGCGUCCAAGUCCAUAUGCUGUACCAACAACUGCUAAUGUUGUUGUCCCUACAGUUGGGUAUGAUCCAUCCGGAGGUAUUCCAGUCGAUCCAUCGUCUGCUGGUGCUAUCUCAAGGCCUCCAAUGAGAGGUGGAAUGCGCGGUCGAGGACGUGGAGGUCAGGCGUCUGGUAGAUUCCCGCAGGUAUCGAAUAAUCGUGGAGAUGGAAAGACAUUGCAGGUGAAGAAAAUUCCUCCUGAGCUCAAUAAUAUUGCCAAGCUGAACGAGCAUUUUGCUGCAUUUGGAAGCAUCGUUAACAUGCAGGUACGCUUCAACGGAGAAGCUGACUCAGCUCUUAUCACGUAUGCCUCGCGCGGGGAAGCUAUGGCGGCAUACAAAUCACCGCAACCAGUCUUAAACAAUCGCUUCAUCAAAGUGUUCUUCUAUAAUCCCGACAUAGUUGCAGGAUCUACUGCUGGACAUGACGGCUUGCAACGAUCAGUACUCAACUCUGGUGUUAAUGUUGAUAAACCAGCAUCUGAGAACGCUCCAUCACCCGCUCAGCCUCCUAAGGUUGCCACGAUUGAAAUGUCUAAAUUCGUGAACCAGGAAUUAAAAGAGAGCCGAGAGAAAAUUAUCGAAGCGAAACGUAAAUUAAAGGCGGAGAAGGCGACACAAGUUUCUGUCUUCAACAUUCACAAAAGGCAAACGGAUCUCCUCCAGAAACUGAUGGAUCGUCAGAAAAUUGUGGUGAAAAAGUUAAAAUCAGAAGGCGAGGCCCUGGAGAACGCGGAGAAGAAGAAGCUUAUGGCUCUUGUCAAACAGCUCAUGGAGAAGAUUACGACAGGGAAGAAGGAGAUUGAUGAGCUCUCUGCGAAAUUGAAGACUUGCACUGAAAACAUUGCUGAGUUGGAGAAAACGAUCUCAUCUGCGAAGGCUAACGGGAAAAACUCAGACAGUGAUGGUCGGGACAGUGCUAGUCCGUCUUCUCCAUCACAAGAAGGGAAAGUGGCAGUGGUUGCCACUCAGAAUCUCUUGAAAAGAAAAGCCGAAGAUGCAGACGAUGUCGAUCAAAAGCGCGGUUCUGCUAUAAUCUCAGUUAAAGGCGUCAAGGCUGACGAUACAGAUGCCAUCGUUGAGCACAUGACGCAGUAUGGGGAUAUUCUUAACGUUGAAAUGAUCAAAGAUGAUGACCCCAUGAUUUUAUUGACAUUCCGAAGUCGUGAAAAUGCUGAUCGAGCUGUCGUCGAUGGCGCGUUAUUCAAAGGAACAAUGCUAGAUGUGACGUGGCAUCGAUCGGCUUGUGGCAAUUCGGAGAAUUCGCCACUGAGUGCAGAUAAAAUGCUGGCCGGUAUUCCACAGAGCGAGUCGGAUGAUGAGUCGUGA